AUGUCAAGUGAGUCCACUUCCUUAGGUUUGAAAAUUUCAAAAACUGUAGCCAUCUCCUCUUUAGGAUUAUACGCUGGUUUAUUAGCCACAUCAUCAGUGAUAAACAUAUGUUCACCAAUAGAUGCAAUUAAGAAAACUGUUAACACAAUUUAUUGCAGACUGGGUGAAACUGGCUGUCUUCUAGGAACCUUGACUACUGCUUCCUUCGCUGUUAGUUGUUUACUAAUGAAAAAUGUUCCUAGUAGUCAAGAGAAAAAAAAUUUGUUUUUUGGACUAUUGGCUGCCCCAGCAAGUGGUCUAUAUCUCUGGAUUUCAUCUAAAGCAGCCAACUUUAUGUCUGACUUCUGUAAAAACCAGAAUAAAAGCGGUGUUGAAGUAGAGUUACCACCCAAUCAUCCAGAUAUUUACAAUGAAAAGGGUGAAAAAUUACAAUGUCCCUUUAGUGGAACUGUAAAAGAUGACACAAAAGGCAACAAACAUAAAUGUCUAAGCAAAAAUAUCCCAAUGAAACUACUAAAACACUUUAGACCUUGUUUUCAAUCCAUGGGGAUACACAUUUUUAUUGCUUCAGUAAUAACUAUUAUCCCAUUUUCAAAGAUCAUCUAUGAAAGACUUUAG